AUGGGUGUCCACUAUAACCCGCUCACUAAAGAGCCCUAUCUCCAACUCCCAGCACCAUGUGCAAACAUCAUCAUCACCCCACAACGUGAACACCAGAUCGAGGAGACAUCUGCUGUGAUGACCGAAAUUCUCAACGAUUCACGCGUGUACUCCUGGCUACAAGGGCCACCCUACCCUUUUCUGCCCGAGCAUGGCGUGGACUGGAUCAAAGCGAAAAUAGCAGAAUACAAAGAUGUCGUGUCUACUCUGCAAAAAGAAUUCGAAACAUCGCACAGUCAGCAGGGCGACGGUUCGAAUGGCCAAGGGGAACCAGAGUUCUUUGAUAAAAGCCCUUUCGUCUGCAUACGCGAAGUGACAAAAAGAGACCCUGCGACGGGUGCUCCACUUCAAGAUGUCUGGAUCGGAGACUUUACGCUAGCGCGGUAUGCAUUCUAUGAGUUGCCACCAGAUAGCUCGGAACGUGCACUGGCACAGAAGCAAAACGAGGAUUUGCCUGUUGGGCACAAGGAUAUCAUCUGGUGUAUAGGAUACUAUCUCUCUCCUACUCAACACGGCCGGGGACUUAUGAGUGUUGCUGUUCGCACUAUCAUUCAUGACUGGGCUAUCCCGCGGAUGAACCUUCAUCUUCUUAGAGGCAGCUUUUAUGCUGAGAAUAUGGGGAGCAGGAGAGUAAUGGAGAAGAACAACUUCGAAGAGAUUUGCACACUGAAGGACUGGGCUCCGGUAAGCCCGAACAAGGGAGGAGGGAAGAAGUCGAUUGUUGUGAUGGAGUGGAAGGGGCUGUAG